AUGGUCAUGGGCUCAUGGUGCCUGUGCGGUGUGGUGUGGUGUGCGAGGUUGGAAGGCCCUGCUGAAGCUUCUAAAGAUGUGGCAGAGGAUCUCUCGCCAGAUGAGGAAAAGCGAAGGAAUUAUGGCGGGGUCUACGUUGGCCUUCCAGCGGAUCUGACUGCAGUGGCAUCAAGUCAGUCCAAGUCCACGCGGAAAGAUUAAGAAGAUACAAGUGGAUGCAGUCAUGACACAGAUGCUGUUCAUGCGUGUGCAAGGCAGUCCUGUCACCACAGCACACAAGGGCUACCCAGACCCCUCUGACGGGUGGCGUAACCCCCAGCCCAGAGUGGUAUCACAACAACGCUCCCUUAUGCCCCUUGGAUGUGCUGUGCACUGGCUCCUGGGGCAGGCUGCCCCAUCUCCACACAUGUGCCCCCAGCCAGAAAGCCUGGAGCUACUGGUCCAGAGCCACCUGCGCUGUGUGGACAUGCUAAUGGCCAGUGCAGCUGACAUCUUUGGUUGGGCCAGGG